CUGCACUGCAGCUGACUUUGGCACACGCUUGUGUUUACAAUUUUACAUACAUCAUCGCCGGACGGCUUAUCCUGGGCUUAUCGGCAGCCGAAUUCGACCUUUGGACGCUUUUUUGACGCGUCCACGCCCUUCACGAUGAAGGUCACAAUAAAAAACCUUCAGCAGGAGUCUUUCCUCGUAGAAAUCGCGGCCACAAAUACGGUCAAGCAAUUGAAAGAGAAAAUUGAAAAGGAAAAAGGUGCGCACGAAUACCAAGCGUCGCGGCAAAAACUUAUUUACUCCGGAAAGAUAUUAGAAGACUCUGAUGUGAUCGGCUCUUUGAAUAUCGACGAGAAAAAGUUCGUCGUGUGUCUGGUUGCUAAGCCAAAAGAUGCACCCCUUCACGUGACCCCAUCUGACCCCACCGAUGUGCCCACUGAAGAGGAAGCACCCCCAAGAGUCGAACCUGAGGCUCAAGCCGAGGAGGCUGGUGCUGCAGGGGAAUCUCUGCUUCUGCCCCCGGACGAGUAUCGAACCAUGGUGCGGAACAUAGUCGACAUGGGGUACCCGGAGAGUGAAGUCAGGGAGGCUCUGAGGGCGUCGUUUAACAAUCCAGACAGGGCUGUUGAAUAUUUAAUCUCAGGAAUACCCAAUCUCAACCUCGAAGACCCAGUCGAGCAGCAACAAGAAAGGGCAGUUGACGUCGGAGAUCUUGAGACAAGGCAGCGACCAGAGGGCCGAGAAGACCCCUUGGAAUUUUUGCGUACGCAGCCGCAAUUUCAACAGAUGCGUCAGGUUGUGCAGCAGAAUCCACAACUGCUCAAUGCGGUGCUCCAACAAAUCGGCCAAUCAAACCCAGCUUUGCUCCAAGUUAUCACAGAAAACCAAGAGGCCUUUGUACGCAUGAUGAACGAGCCUGCAAGUGGAGAAUCCACACCAAGACGAGCAGCAGCAGCCGCAGGGGCUUUGGCUGAAGGAGAGGCUGGUGGAAAUGCCCCCGUGCGCACUAUCCAAAUCACGCCCCAAGACAAGCAAGCUAUUGACAGAUUGAAAGACCUAGGCUUCCCGGAGCACCUAGUGGUGCAAGCGUACUUUGCGUGCGACAAGAACGAGAAUCUGGCUGCUAACUUCCUGCUCUCGCAGAACAUGGACGACUGAGCCAUCGAAUCCAUCAGAACCCCCUGCUUGUUAAGAAAAUACACACUGUGUUGGUUAUUUUGACUGAAUUGUACAUAACUCUGUGUAAUUUAGAGUGCCGGAUUAAUUUUACUUCAACUAACAGGAAUAAAAAGAAAGAAUGCACCUAA